UCUGCCCAAUGCGAACUACACAUCAGAGGUAUAUAAGUGUAUAUUACACCGCAGAGCGAGGAGAAACAAUGAACUCUCCGUCUAGGCUGAAAUACAUAAAGGAAAUUAAAACAACUGAAGAGAAAAGGAGUAGGGAAUCAGUCGAUAGAUGUAUAUCCUCUAUCUCAGAUUUUACGGGACACAAGGAUUAAUUCACAAGGUUCUGGGGUGGAACUUAGCAGAAGCAGGAAAGACAGUCCUCCAACGCGCAACAAGCGCAAAUGGCAAGACAACACCCGCAGAAAGAACCGCAACACCCGCUGUCCUGCUUCUGUGGCUGUUGGACGUAGACUGGCUGCUGUUGCUGCUGGUAGCCCUGUGGUGGACCGUAGUUGCCUUGUGGAGGGCCGUAGUUACCCUGUGGUGGGCCGUAGUUUUGCUGGUAGCCCUGUGGUGGGCCCUGUUGGUAGCCUUGUUGCUAAUAGAAAGUUAGUCAUAGGCACAUUGCGGCCCAUUCCUAGCUCUACUGGUGAUACUAGGA